GGGUCACCCCCAAAACAAAAACAUCGUGCGUGUGAAAGCGGAUGACUUUGUAACAACAAAAUCUUCAAAAUCUUCAUUAAUAGUUCUUCCACUAUUCACACAAACGGAUACGGACAAUGACUUCGUCACUCCCAGGCGUGAAUUUGAGUAAUUUAGCUUCAAGCAGUGUGCCCAGUUUGCAGGAAUUUGUCCUGCAAGGCAGCGUGGUUGACUCGGCUUGUGACGCCUUGCUGCACCGAUUGAGAGCCCUGUGCGAUAACGUGGACCGCGCGCCUGAGACGUUUCAAGAUCAUGAGAUGGUGUAUCUGCUCAGAACAAGUGGGCCAGGAAAUCCAGUGGUGUUACGUGCAAGGCAUGCACGAGAUCAACACAACAUGCCAUGGCAGCUGCGCUACCUUGGCCAAUCGGAUAUCAGUGAUAAGAGUAGACUUGUAACAGUCCGCAGUUAUCUGGAUUGUUCCACCUCGGAACAACUGCCUCAAUUCCUGACAGAUAUUGGAUUCAGGUUGGACCAUGAAUUUGUUGCCAAAGGUCACAUGUUCAGGAAAGGCAAAAUGAAAGUGACUAUCACCAAAAUAUUCAAGAUCUUAACGCCAGGCAAUUUGGAGGCUCUAGAACCCCUCUCCAUAUCUCAGCUUGUCGAGCUCAGUAUAAUAGCGCCCUCAGGGACAGACGGAAUCGGUGAAGACAUGAGAGCCUUUGCAGAACAGCUCAGACCACUUGUGAGCAUGGAAAAGAUUUGAUAUCCUCCCGAGUUGCCGCCUACCUAAAGGUCAAAGGUUAAACUACUCCAGUCAGAGUUCUCUGAAGACAGACAAGUUCCCUUCACACUGCUGGAACUAGUUGAUGGUUUUCAAGCUUGGGGAGAUUGUAAUUUGCGAAAAUGGACGUUGGACCAAAUUACUUCUGAACUGCUACCUUCUGCUUAGGUCGUGAGGAAAGUCAGGAAACAAAGACCUAUUGACUCUGUGCGCAAGUACCCCCUCAAUGGCUAACAGGAGAGAGUUGGGAGAGACCACUUGAACAGACAUUUGAUAACACAUUACCGUCGGUGCAGCACCUAAUGCUCACACGGAGAUACAACUGCUUUGUGCACACUCGGAAUUAUAUUAGACGUAUGUGCUUUGCAGCAUAGGCACGCGAACCGGUGCACGCAAGCAGUUUGCUUCCACCGGAGCUUUAGAAAAUGUUUAAAAAGCGCCCUCUGCUGUUCGUCCAUUGCCCAGCUCCCUGCAGUAUAUUGAUGAGACUGCCCCUUUAAGGGUCCUUAGACAGGUUGUACACGGCUGCUGAGAGUAACGGUUAGCAGAUUUGCUUGCAACAAUCAACCGUUGUGGAUUUGGAUAUAAGCCCCGCCCACAAGCCCCGCCCACAAGCCCCACCCACAAGCCCCACCCGUAAGCCCCGCCCAUAAGCCCUGCCCACAAGCCCCACCCACAAGCCCUGCCCACAAGCCCAGCCUACAAGCCCCGGCCACAAGCCCUGCGCAUGCCCACCUUCAGUUUUUGUACAUUUCUAUGAGUGCUGUUGAUCAGAGAUUCGGCAAGCUAUAGUUUUCACCUGACCAAUUGGUCAAUGUGCAUUGUUUGAUGGAAGGAUUCAUUUUCUAGAUGCCAGUUUUUUUUAAAGGAGAGCACAUAGACUGGAUACCUGUCCUGGUAUGUAUGAGCAGUCCUUCUGUUUUGAAGCCUGCGAUCGCACCCCCAUGCCAUCACACGCCUAUGCUUCCUGAGAAGUGUGAAUAAUCGCACGCCUGAAUCCCUCAGUACCGCACACCUCAGCAUACAUUUACGGCAUAAUUAUACUUCAUAAUUUGUGAAAAAUAAAGUAUGUCAAUGAAGAGAAAACGGCUUUAUUGUAAACCAAGAUGAAUAUUAUGAAAAAAAUACCAGAUUGUUCAGUCCCAGCUUGGACCAUAGAAUCA